AUGUUGGACUUGGUCGCGGGCUAUCGGAUGUUUUCGCUGAGCGAGGCUGGGUUGCUCCAGCUAAAAAAGCGUUGCGCCAUCGCGACCCUUUCCAACACGUUCGGCGCAGCGAACGGAGGCAAGCCGUUCGGCCUGCCGGUGGGCGGCGUGCCCUCUCUCUCCGACGAGGCCGCCCCUGCGGCGCGGGAGAAGUACCGGGGGCUGGUGGGCAACCCGCCCAACGAUGAGACGGCGAAGGAGCGUCGGGGCGCCAGGGCGUCGUCCAGCAGAGCAGCGCCGGAACGCCACCUCCUCAGCACUUGCCUGUACCACUCCGCGGCGACCGCCUUUCACGGCAUGCUGGACGGCGCUUCCGCGCGCGACCGCACGCGUUUGCUCAGCGCGGGCGGGCCGACGGCCAGUGCCGCUGUCGUUUCCGAGCUGAACGUGCCGGGCGUUGCCUUUGCCGACCGCGAGUGGGUCGAGGCGGUCAGGUGGCGAUUCGGCUUGCCGGCGCGGCUGCCCCCAGAAACCCGCGGCCAGAACGAGCGCACCGCCGCGGAGAAGCCCUGCGGAGAGAUCUUGGGCGCGCACGGGGACCGCGGUGUCUCCUGCGACCGCGGCCCCUACGCUGACAUCCUGGAGGAGGCGGGGGCGUACGUCAGGCAGGAGGUCUACGUCCAGGAGCUCGCCGCGGCGGCCCACGAGGCGUGGCUCGACGUCUGGGCGUGCGGCAUUCCAGAGGUGCAGGACUUGCUCCUGGACGUCGCCGUCCGGCACCUGGUGAACAGCCGAUGCCAGCCCGCGGCGCCCCGCACGGCGGGCAGCACGGCGGCGGCGGCGGAUGAGCGGGAAAAGGCCGAGCGGCACCCAGCAACGCUGGGCCGCGACGUCUGGCCCGCAGCCCACGAGACACGGGGGCGCCUGGGCGACCGCGCGGAGGCGCUGCUCCAGCACUGCGCGCGGGCGCCGCCCGGCGGGCCUAUCGCCGCGGCCGCGCUCCGGGCCGGCGCCAGCGGCGGUGGCGCGCCCAGCUGCGUGCGAGCGGCGCCCUCGGCGCUGCUGCUGGCCGCCGCGCUAUGCGAGCCGCGGGCCGCCGCGGGGGCGCUGGCCGCGGAGUCGCGGCGCCCGCUGCUGUCGCGGGAGUCGCUGGCCCUGCUCGGCCUGGACGUCGAGACCGAGGAGGAGGAGAACGCGCGGCUCGCCUCUUGGGCGGCCCGGGCGGCCAAGGCAGAUUGCGUCGAUGACUGCAGCGUAGACGCGAUGGCGCGCCCCAAGGACGAGACGAAGAAGGUCGCCCUUACUCAGAUCAACCGUGGCCGCCUGGGAAACCAGUUGUUCCAGUGGGCGGCGAUGCUCGCGAUUGCCAAGGAGGCCGGCUUCCAGGUCGUUGUGCGCGACCUGAAGUACAGGCCGCAGGACACCGCGCAGAUGCGCGGGCUCGCCUCGCUGGUGUGGGAGGCGGACGAUUACGCGAAGCUAGAGCAGCGGCCCAACCUCUGCCACGUCUGGGACCAGACGCCAGUCGUCGUGGACACGGGCCUGCCACGCUUGAGUCUGUGGUCGGGCUGGGGCCAGGAGAAGGGCACGGGCCACGUGCCGACGGGGAUCCGCCCGCAGCCCGGGCAGAACUGGGCCAGGCUCUGGGCCAGUGCCAUGGUGAAUUCUUCGCUCCCCAGCGGCACGCGCUGCGAUAUCUGGGAGCUCGACGGUUUCUUCCAGCAGCAGUGGUUCUUCAUGGACCACAUGGACCUCGUGAGGGAGGCCUUCUGGCACCAGCCCUCGGCGGAACGCGCGGGGGAGGCAUUGAAGUGGCUCAUGUACAACGAGAAGGGGGACGCUGUUGGUCUACACAUACGCCUGGGAGACUACAAAUACACUAACCGGAACAUGCCGAUCUCGUACUACAUUGACGCGUUGGACAAGGUGAGGGCGAGGAGCCCAAACAAGCCCUUGACAUGCGUGAUCUUUUCGGACGACAUUCAGGAGGCGAUGAGCAUGACGGGAGCGCUGAGCCAGUGCAGCAAGCGCAUGCCAGUGCCGCCCGACCUGACCAGUGACAGUGACGCCUUCUACAUGCUGGGCCUCAUGCCGAACAUCAUCAUCGCCGAUUCCAGCUUCUCCUUCUGGGCAGCCCGCCUCGCGCCUCACAACCCCUUCGUGGUCGCGCCGGGCAUUACCAAGGACAGCUCCACCGCGCAGUCCGCCUACGAGUAUCUUCGGACGCCCGGCUGGGCCAUCGUCAACACCACCACCGACCUGGCCGACCAGUACAAGGUGCCCGCUGGCGGUGCAGGACUGCCAGCAGCGUCUCUGCUCGCCGUGGAGCAGCGCGUCUUCUCCGACGCGCCCUCCGCGGAGGCGGCGCGGAACUGGCGCAGCAGGAGCGAGUGGGCGUAUUGA